CUUCCAAACCUUUGCAAUCCCCUGGAAGGUCAAAAUUUCUCCCCUGGAACGUGGGAUGAGUGACUCCCCUCUGUACCUCGUCCCUGGGGCCUCAAAACCCCUGGGGAGCUGAUUGGACAGGUGGAGAGGGAGAGGGAGAGUGUGAGAUCAGGACAGAAGGAAGUGAACAGAAAACCCGGAAAAAAAGACGAACACGAAGAAGAAUAAGAAUAAGAUCAAGAACAAAGAAACAGAAAUACGAAAACAAAAGCAAAAUACAGAAAACCCGAAAAAAGAAGAAGACGAAGAAAAAGAAUUAGAUCAAGAACAACAACCAGAACAAAGAAACAGAAAUACGAAAACAAAAGCAAAAUACAGAAACAACAAGAACUAAACCAAGCCAACCAAGAGACACUCCACCAACACCCUCAACCCCAACAACCCAAACCACCAAAAUGAAGAGCGAGAAGAACAUUGAGUACGCAGACCAGGGCCACAUCUAUACCACCAAUUACGUCAGGAACUCGAAGGCGAUCGGGGUGCUGUGGGGAGUGUUUACGAUCUGCUUCGCGAUCAUCAACAUUGUGGUCUUCGUGCAGCCCCAGUGGAUCGGCGACACCCAGGACUCGAAGGGAACAGGUUACUUCGGGCUGUGGCAGUGGUGUGCGGGCGGGGGCGUGGCCGGCGGCAGCACCUCCAGCAGUAGUCACGGGUUGAGCAGCGUGGCGCGGGUGUCGGGCGUGGAGGUGGCGGGCCGGUCCCUGGAGUGUCGGGGGCAGCUGGACCACUUCUCGACGCUCCUCAACACCCCUUCCCGAGUGUCUACGGUGCUGGUGGGGCUGUCGGUGGUGCUGACGCUGCUGACUAUCUGUGCCAUGCUGCUCUUCUUCUUCCUCAGGUCCUCGACGGUGUUUCAUCUCGCCGGGACUAUGCAACUUCUGGCAGCCCUCCUGCUCGGCGUGGGCGUGGCCGUGUUCCCCGCGGGGUGGUCGGCCUCGGAGGUGCGUGCCGUGUGUGGGCCCACCGCGCGGCAGUACCACAUGGGGGAGUGCGAGGUGCGCUGGGCCUUCGUGCUGGCCAUCAUCGGGGUGCUGGACGCCGCCGUGCUGGCCGCCCUCGCCUUCGUCUUGGCCACGCGGCACGUCAAGCUGCAGCCGGAGCCCGAGCCGCUCUACGGGGGCUCGGUUUACAAGGGCCAGAUGAACACCGGCUUCGUGGGUGACGCUGGCAGCCUGGCCGGAUCCCGCAAGUCCCUCAACCUUCAGCCGGUAAUGCUCAUGCCACACCCAGACCAUGACCGCUACUCCGAGUUCUCGCACCAUACCGCCCGCUCCGACAAGAACUCCCCCUACCGCGCCCACUACGCCUCCUCCGUCCAGAACUUCCAGCUGUAGGGGAGGAGGUUUAGGCCCCGAGUGAUGGGUUAGUGUCCGUCUCCUCUUGUUUCACCCUUCUUGUUUUCUUUCUCUUUUUCCUGUCCUUUAUUUUUUCCUUCUUUCCUCUUCAUUCUCUCAUUCUUUUUUGUGUUCGUUUCUUCCUUUUUGUUGGUCUUUUUCUUAUUCCUUGUGUUCUUUUUCUUUUUCCUGUUCUUUUUUUCUUUUCUCGUUCUUUCCUCUUCAUUCCCUCGUUCUUUUUUGUGUUCGUUUCUUCCUGUUUGUUGGUCUUUUUCUUAUUCCUGUUUUAUUCUUCUUUAUUUUCUUCUACAUGUCUAUUUUUCUUCCUCUUCUUUCACGUUGUUUUCUUAUCCCUGUUAUAUAGUUCUUCCAUCUAUAUCCCUUUGUCAUCAUUUGCUUCCUCUUCUUCCUCUCUUUUCUUCUUAUUCCAACUUUAAUUUUUUAUUCCUCGGCUUCUUUAUCUUAAUUUAUUUUUUCCUAUUUUCUCCGAGUUUUCCUUUUCCCUUUUCCUCUCAGCCGAUUCUUUGUCCCCAUCCUUCAUCCCCAUUCCCCUCUAUCCCUCUCCCUCCCGUUAUCAUUCACUCCCUUCUUCGUUUCAUCUUCAGGACUUUCAGCAGUCAGGAGUUAGUAUAUGUUUUGUAUCAUAAGAGAAAUUGUGGGUGUUGAUUUUUCUCCUUAUACCUUCUCUUCCUCCUCCUCCUCCUCCUCCUUUUUCCCCUUCUCACCAUACAGUCAGGUUAUGAUUCUUAGGUAACUUUCACACAAGCAUUCUCAGUCGUCAACCCCCUCACUCUCUCAGUUUAAGUCUGCUCCUUUCUUCCCUCACCCUCUUGCUCCCUUCCUCCUCUAUCUCUCCCUUCACCAGCACCACCACCACCAUCACCAUCUCCCGUUUCUCGGUAGUGUUGGUAAAUCAAAAUUAUGUGGUAGAGCGAGUGUGUUGACGUUUUCAGAGAUGAGUAACAAGUUGAAGGCAGCGUUGUUGUUUGUGUGUAAAGUUUUAGUUCAGGUUGUUUCUUGUGAUGCGUGGAAAUGUGUUCAUGUAUUUGGACUUUUUAUUAUUAAGUUGCUGUUGGAAAAAGUAAAGUUUGUUGGUGUUACUUUGGAAGAUGAAGGACGGAAGGAAAUCCCAUGUUUCUUGUGAUGUGUGGAAAUGUGUUCAUGUAUUUGGACUUUUUAUUAUUAAGUUGAUGUUGGAAAAAGUAAAGUUUGUUGGUGUUACUUUGGAAGAUGAAGGACGGAAGGAAAUCCCAUGUUUCUUGUGAUGCGUGGAAAUGUGUUCAUGUAUUUGGACUUUGAUUUUGAGUUGCCAUUGAGAUAAAAAGUACUAUGUUGGUAUUACUUUGGAAGAUGAAGGAUGGAAGGAAAUGUCAUGUGGUGUGGUGUUAGAGAAGUAAUGUAUAUACUCAAUUUAAAUGUCUAUAAAUUAAAAGUUGGCCUCACUGUGACUAUGAUUACGCUCAGUUAUGGAGGAUAUUGCAGCCCAUGGAGAGCAAUACAGUUUUAAGCACUCAAGAAAGCAAUGUUCGUGUAAAACUUUUGACUCCCAAGGCUUUGAUUAACGGAGAAAUCAGCGCAUCUGUAACCAUGAUUAUGUUCAGUCAAGGAGUGAAUUCGAGAGUUUAUACAGCAAUGUUUCUGACCAAGGAAUAGAAACGUCCUGAUUAUUACUGUUGGAAAAUUUUAUCGACCUCUUUUGUUAGAUUGUACCAUAGAGAAUGUUUUGCCACUCAUAGUUUUUAUUCUAACUGUAUCAUAGUGUGUGUUUUGGAAGUAUAUUUUAUUCUAUGUGUGUGCGUGUGUAUGUGUGUGUGUUAGUAGCGGGCACUCGGCCACUGUCCUUCCUCUCUCACCAGUUUCUCCCUCUCUGUUACUUUCUUCUGCUUAUCUUUCUGUCCUUUUAUCCACAAAUUCCCUUUUUAUAACCAGCCAUAUCUUUAGACUUGAGACGUGGUACCCCCUGCUGUGUGUGUGUGUGUGUGUGUGUGUGUGUGUGUGUGUGUGUGUGUGUUGUGAAGAUAUACAUACUAGUACAGCCAAACACCACACAGUAUACACGCUUGCCUAUAAGAAGUAUACACACACACCUAUGUAUAAGUUUGCUGUAUGCCAAUUGUAAUAUUACCCUCCAUAUACCUGUUUUUAUACCUGUAAAUAUUAAGGAUGUUUGGAGUAAGUGUUUGGUAAUGCUUGUUAUGUGUUAACCGUCAAUGAUCUUAGACUUAAUGUUAGUGGUGUAGUAUAAUGAGCUAUUUUUUCUAUUGCAUUCCCAGCUGUAUUUAUGGAAAGCUGUAGUGAAGGAGUGUGAGUGUAUGUGUCUGUGAAGGAAUAAAAGAUGAGUAACACUAAACUAUGAA